AUGCUAUUCCUCUUUACAGGUUCCACAUUCCAAGAACUGACCUGUUUUAUAUCCAGAAACUUCCCAAAAAACAAUGGCCAGACUGUUGCAACCUCCACCCAAGUUUCAUCCCUCAGAAUGGGACAUUGCAAACAAGAUGCAGUGUGCCAGCACAGAGUCUCAGAAAUCCAGGUCAGAGCGUGUGAUAGCUGAGAGCCGGAGGCUGUUGGAUGAAAUAGAAAAGACAACUCAGAAAACCCAAAGUGAUGUCAACAAGAAAAUAGAACAGAGACAGGAAGAAAUAAAAUUCUGGAAGCAAGAAUUAAAUAACAAACUUGAACAAAUUGUUCAUGAGACAGAGAUACUGUUGACUUUCAAGACUAGGCUGGAGAAAUCUUUGGAGAGCUGUAAAGAGCCACUUGCCGUUGCCCAAAAGUGUCUCCUGAACAGGCAGAGGCGAGCUGGGAUUGACUUGGUGCACGAUGAAGUGGAACAGGAACUGGUGAAGGAAGCUGAAGUCCUCCAAGGGGUUAUUGCUUUGCUUGAACGUACAUUGGAACAAACCAAUGAGCAAAUCAGACUAAACCGUUCAGCAAAAUACAACCUGGAAAUGGAUCUGAAGGACAAGUUCACAGCUUUGAUGAUUGAUGAUUACUGUGCUAGCUUGACAAACAACACUCCUGAUAUCAGAUAUGCUGAUAAUGCAGUGAAAAUAGAAGGAAAUUUUGUUAGCCCUGAAGACUGGGUAGAUUUCUCAAACAUAAAUGUUGAAAAGGCUGACAAGCAGAGAAACAAUUCUUUGGCACUGAGGGUGCUGAUUGAUGGCAUCCUCUCACAGACAGCGAAUGACAUACGCAAACAAUGUGAGAUGGUGAACGUUGCGUUUAGAAAUAGGGUGAAGGAAGUCAAGGAUGCCAAGCAUAAGCUAGAGACACUCCUUGCAAUGGUGAUGGAUGAGACUGCCUCACAGGAGAAGAACAUUGCAGCCUUAAAGAAAGCAAUUGCUGAUAAAGAAGGACCUGUUAAAGUGGCUCAAACCCGCUUGGAAGCAAGGAACCAUCGCCCCAAUGUAGAAUUGUGUUACGACACAGUGCAAUACAGGUUGACUAGUGAAGUUCAAGAGAUUACAAAAAAUAUUCAGAGAUUAAAGGACACACUGGCACAGGCUGAGACAGAGCUGAAAGGUCUGAGCCGCCGACAGCUUUCCUUGGAGGAGGAGAUCCAGGUCAAGGAAAAUACAUUGUACAUUGAUGAAGUGCUCUGCAUGCAAAUGAGAGAGUCUUUUUACAUUAUCAGCUUCUGA